CGUUUACAUUACUACAUGAGACUAAUAAUUAGGGGAACCAAAUUUCUUAUUGAAAAAAAAAAAGGAGGGAGAGAGAAGAGGAGGGAAAAUGGUUUAUCCAAAACCAAAAUCUUCAACAACCUGAACCUCAUCUCCCAACUAUACAGAAAAAACUGAUACAAUACAUUCUAGUAGCAGGGGUAAGAAUCAAAUCGAAGAAAGCGUUAAUGGCGUCUCUCUCCACCAUCCACCAUCUAAAACCCUCAUCAAUCCUCAAAACCCCUCAAAAUUACCGCUUCUCUCCCUCUAAAACAAGACCAACUGUCCAUCAUUUCAACAACCGAUCACUCUCGCCUAAAUCCGUUCUCUCCACAGAAACCGAACCCAAAAUUCCGCAAAAAGUGGAGAGAUUCUGGCAAUGGCUCCAAGAUGAAGGGAUUGUCUCGUCUAAGACUCCCGUGAAGCCGGGAAUCGUGCCAGAGGGGCUCGGGCUCGUCGCGACGCGGGACAUUUCCAGAAACGACGUCGUUCUGGAGGUUCCUAGAAGGUUGUGGAUUAAUCCCGAUGCUGCUGCGUCCUCGGAUAUCGGAACCCUUUGCUCCGGAUUGAAGCCAUGGAUUUCCGUUGCUCUGCUUUUGCUGCGGGAGAGGUUAAAGGGGGACGAUUCUAAGUGGAAACACUAUCUUGAUGUUCUUCCACAAGCAACUGAUUCUACUAUAUAUUGGUCAGAAGAGGAGCUUCUUGAGAUUCAAGGAAUUGAAAUUUUUGAUACUUGUGAAGGAACCCAACUGUUGAGCACUACAUUGAGUGUGAAAGAGUACGUGCAGAAUGAAUUUCUAAAAAUAGAAGAAGAAAUCAUACUCCCAAACAAGCAACUCUUCCCUUGUGCCGUAACACUGGAUGAUUUCUUCUGGGCAUUUGGGAUGCUCAGAUCAAGGGCUUUUUCACGCAUUCGCAAUCAGAAUCUUGUUAUCAUCCCCUUUGCUGACUUGAUCAACCACAGCUCCAAGGUUACAACUGAAGAUCAUGCCCAUGAGGUUAGAGGGGCAGCAGGCCUUUUCUCAUGGGAUUAUCUGUUUCAAAUAAGGAGCCCUUUAUCUCUCAAGGCUGGUGAGCAGGUUUUCAUCCAAUAUGAUCUCAACAAAAGUAGUGCAGAUAUGGCUCUGGACUAUGGAUUCAUCGAACUGGAAAACUCCAGCCGUAAUGCAUUCACUUUGACGCUGGAAAUAUCAGAGUCUGAUCAAUUUUACGGAGACAAGUUAGACAUAGCUGAGUUGAAUGGUUUAGGCGAAUCUGCUUACUUUGAUAUCAAAGAUGGCCAACCUCUCCAAACAGAAAUGCUUCAAUAUCUACGGCUUGUGGCCCUUGGAGGAACCGAUGCUUUCCUCCUAGAGUCCAUAUUCAGAAACCAAGUAUGGGGAUUCCUCGAGCUGCCUGUCAGUCGUGCCAACGAGGAACUCAUAUGCCAAGUAGUCCGCAGUGCAUGCAAAUCUGCACUAGCUGGUUAUCAUACCUCCAUUGAAGAGGACGAGAAGUUGAUUGAAGAAGGGAAUCUGAGCUCAAGGCUUGCAGUGGCAGUUGGGAUAAGAAGAGGAGAGAAGAAGGUGUUGCAGCAGAUAGAUGACAUCUUUAGAGAGAGAGAGUCGGAGUUGGAUUUUCUUGAGUAUUACCAAGAAAGAAGGCUUAAAGAUCUUGGUCUAGUUGGUGAGCAAGGUGAUAUAAUCUUCUGGGAGCCUAAAUAGUACACUCUCAAAACCCAAAACAAAACACUCCUUAUCAAUUCCGAUCAUGCCGUUUUCAAGUUUUGAGCUACGAAUUUGUA